AUAUGUCUCAGAUUAUACACGAAAAUAAUUUGCAUGAAAUGAUUUUUAUAUUUAUUCAUUAAUAAAAUAUAACUUAUUGUUAUUUUUGUAGGUCAGAGAUUAAUAUUAUUAUAGGCAUAUAUCUCAGAUUAUACAUUUUAUUAUUCAUAAAAAAAAAUUAACCCAAAAUUUCGUAAAACAUAAGCGUUGGCAUCGACUGAAUUCUGAAUUUUGCAGCAUUUCUUCAUAAUUUUUUUUUUUAAUUUCUGAUUUUCUUGUUGUUUCCAUUCUUCUUCUUUUUCCAAGGUUGUUCAUCUCUGGUUCUCCACCAGAUCUAUUAUAUUGUUGUUGUUUAAGAAGGUGAUGGAUAGAAAUGCAAUGACAAUAUCGAUUUUAUUGUUUUUAAUCGUCACUGAUGUUUCCAAUGCUUCUUCGUCGUCGUCUUUGAAGCUUAGAUACUUAGCUAAUGAAUCUCCAUCAAAGAAUGACACUGUUUCUACUUCUACAACGCCGCCUAGCUCUCCGUUGCCAAUUCUUAUAUCGGCUUCAGGCAAGAAGAAAUUGAAUCCAAAACUUGAUCCGAAUUCAUCCAAUAAAACGGAUUUUUUGAUGCCACUUCUCGGUGACAAGAAAGAUCCAAAACCAUUGGGUAAACCCAAGAAGGUGAGUGCAUCUCCUCAAAAGGAAAAAGUUAGAGGAAACAAUCCAAGUUUAACUUCAAAUCCGAAAAGUGAUAAAACAAUGAAGGAAAAUAAGGAGAAGAAAAAUAAUGUAGGUGGUGGAAACAAUCUAAAUAGUACAAACACUGUGAAAAGAGGUUAUACAAACAAGGAUAAGGAAAAGAAGAAGACGACAAAGUCAAAUGUAAUUGGAAAUGAUUCCAAGUCUGAGAUUGAUGAUACAUGUGCCGGCAUAGCUAGUAGAUGUGAAGAUCAAAACUCUUUGAUUGCAUGCGUUAAGGGUUUUGGAACUGGGUCCAAAGAAGGGGUUGUUUUGGUCCAUAAUAAGGGAGAAAAAACUUUGAAUGUCAAUCUUAUGGGCCCUUUUGGAGUAUCUUUUCCCAAGAGACUUAGAGUACCAAAACAUGGUAUUGAAAAGCUGAAUAUCUCUUUGACUAUUAGUGAACCCAUUGCGCUAGUGUUAACUGCUGGAAAUGGAGAUUGUUUCCUUCCUCUAAAUGCUCAGGCAUCUGAAACAUACUUUUUCUCAAAGCUCCCAUCGUAUGACAAGCUGUUGACUCCGAUAAAUGGUGCCUACUUCUUGAUUGUAGCAUUUAUAAUAUUUGGAGGAUCAUUGGCUUGUUGCAUGUUUAGGAAAAGUAGACGACAUGAUAGUGGUAUUCCUUACCAAGAGCUAGAAAUGGGAUUGCCUGAAUCUAUGGCAACUACCAAUGUAGAAACAGCUGAAGGUUGGGACCAGGUUUGGGAUGAUGAUUGGGACGAAGACAUGGCUGUGAGGUCACCAUUGGGACGAAAUGUAGCUAAUAUAUCAACAAAUGGCCUCACUGUUAGGUCUUCAAAUAAAGAUGGCUGGGAGAAUGAUUGGGAUGAUUAGCCUUAAUUUUUCUUUUAGGGUAAACUACACCGGUAGCCACCCAACUAUUCAAAAUUUUCUUUUUUUGGUCAGUUCAAUUCUAACAGAAAGAUAACUUUUGUCAGCUUUUAAAAUUGGCACAAUAGUAACUUUCACCCUUAACAUUUAUACAUUGUAUCAAUUUAGUCUUGAUUCCAAAAAAAAAUAAUCCUCAACAUUUACACAUUGUGU